CGGGCGGGCGGGCGGGCGGGGGGCGGCGCGGGCCGGAGCCGGGCAGGGGGCGCCCGCCGCGGUGCCCGCGCGCUGCUCGCGCCCCAGCCCUGCCGCGGGCCUGCUUCCUCCAGGCGCACCGUCCCCGCCCCUCCACCCUUUGUGCCGCCGACCGUCCGGUGCCCCCCCGCCCCCCCCCCCCCCGGCUCCGCGGGACCCCGGCGGGGCCGGCCCGCGGCUGCCCGCCAGCCCCGGCGUGGGCGCGGCCCGGGCGGCCCAUGGCGAGAGGGCAGCGCGGGGACCGGGCCGCUGCAGCCGGAGCCCGCCGCGCCGGACGCCCGGGCCGCCUCCGCCGCAUUGUCCCGGGCCGCGCGCCCCAGCCCUGAGCCGCGCCGCCCGAGGGGCGAUGCGGAGAGCCGCCGCGAUGGAGGACUUCGUGGACGAGGAGGAGCCUUGGUACGACCAGCAGGACCUGGAGCACGACUUGCAUUUGGCGGCUGAGCUGGGGAAGACGCUGCUGGAGAGGAACAAAGAGCUGGAGGAGUCCCUGCAGCAGAUGUACGCCACCAACGAGGAGCAGGUGCAGGAGAUCGAGUACCUGACCAAGCAGCUGGACACGCUGCGGCACGUGAACGAGCAACACGCCAAGGUGUACGAGCAGCUGGACCUGACGGCGCGCGACCUGGAGCUGACCAACCAGAAGCUGGUGCUGGAGAGUAAGGCCGCCCAGCACAAGAUCCAGGGGCUGACGGAGACAGUGGAGCGUCUGCAGCCGCAGGUGGAGGAGCUGCAGGCCCAGGUGGAGCAGCUGCGGGGGCUGGAGCAGCUGCGGGCCCACCGGGACAAGCGCAGCCGCCGCCGCACCAUCCACACGUUCCCCUGCCUCAAGGAGCUGUGCACCAGCCCCCGGUGCGAGGACACGCUGCGCCUCCACAGCUCGUCCCUGGAGCUGGGCCCGCGGCCGCUGGAGCAGGAGAACGAGCGGCUGCAGGCGCUGGUGGGCGCGCUGCGGGCGCAGGUGGGCCAGGAGCGGCAGCGGCGCGAGCGCUCGGAGCGCGAGUUCGCGGCGGUGCUGGCCGAGGCGGCCGAGCUGGAGCAGCGGCUGUGCGCGCUGGAGGGCUGCCGCCUGCGCGUGCAGGAGCUGGAGGCCGAGCUGCUGGAGCUGCAGCAGAUGAAGCAGACCAAGACCUACCUGCUGGGCCGCGACGACCACCUGGCCGAGGCCCUGCUGGCGCCGCUCACGCAGGCGCCCGAGGCCGACGACCCGCAGCCCGGCAGCGGGGAGGACUCGGGCAUCCAGGACUGCGCGGCCGCGUCGCCGGCCACGUCGCCGGGCCACAGCGUGCGCAAGAGCUGCAGCGACACGGCACUCGAUGCCAUGGUGGCCGGGGACCCGGCCGGCCGCCACGCCGCCAGCCUCACGCUGCACGCGCAGGGCGUGCGCCGGCGCGGCAUGUCCAUCCUGCGCGAGGUGGACGAGCAGUACCACGCGCUGCUGGACAAGUACGAGGAGCUGCUGGCCAAGUGCCGGCCGCGCGGCGCGGGGGUGCGGCACGCCGGCGUGCAGACCUCGCGGCCCGUGUCCCGCGACAGCUCCUGGCGGGACCUGCUGGCCGGCGACGAUGGCCAGGGCGAGGCGCGGGCCGAGAAGAGCCUGAGCCAGCACGUGGAGGCGGUGGACAAGCGGCUGGAGCAGAGCCAGCCCGAGUACAAGGCGCUGUUCAAGGAGAUCUUCUCGCGCAUCCAGAAGACCAAGGCGGACAUCAGUGCCACCAAGGCCAAGGCGCACAACGGGGGCCCCACCUGAAACUCAGCUGCCUCAGUGGAUCAGCCCUGGCCAGGUUUCAGGAAGUCCAGUACUGCCCAGCGUGCCCAGGUGUCUGGUUCUGCCCCGGGCAGGUCUUUGGCGCGUCCUGCCUCUGCCCGGAGCCCAGGAGGACGCCCUCACGCCUUACUCGUCUCCAGUGGGCGAGGGGGUUUUCUCUCCCCGCCCGACCUCCGUGGAGGCUCCCGGCCCUCCAGGCUGCACUGUGAGCUCAGCUGGCGGCCAGUGCUCGUCCACGCGCCUCGGAACCCUUUGUCCUUCGGAGCUGGGCGGCUCCCAGCCCACCCCCCAUGUGUCUCUGUCACCAAGGGUGUGUGUGUGAGGGGGCAGGUGGGGGAAGGGCUCCCGCCUCUGUGCUCCUCCGUUCUGUCGUGCUGGCCAGCGUCACCUUUGGAGUAUCCACGAGAGAAAUCUAUUUACAAAUGCUUUAUUCUCUUCUUUAAUAAAAAACACACCAGUGUUUGCACAGCAGAAA